CCGCUCGCUUGACGUCAUCACUCAGCGCCGCUCGGUUGCCUCGGUAAUGGAGGAGAUGGAAGGAAGCGGGCGGCCUUCGGCCUUGCAGGCCGCGCUGUUGGCGGCCGGUACGGGGCUGACAGCGCUGCUUUACUCGGUGUACCGGCAGCAGACCCGGCUCUCCCGAGGCCUACAGGGAGCCCGGAGGCUGCGGUUGGACGGGGAGCUGCGGGCCGUGCUGCUGGAGGCACCAGGCCGCUGUGUGCCUUAUGCUGUCAUUGAAGGUGUGGUACGUUCUGUCAGGGACACCCUGAGCAGCCAGUUUGUGGACAACUGCAAGGGCGUCGUGCAGAGGCUGACACUGCAGGAGCACAAGAUGGUAUGGAACCGAACGACCCACCUCUGGAAUGACUAUGAGAAGAUCAUCCACCAGAGAACCAACACCACAGCUUUCGACUUGGCCCCAUUGGAAGACAGCACCGGGGUUGCCGUGAGGGUGAUGAAACCACUGGAGGCUGCUGAGCUCAGCCUAGAGACAGUGCAUGAGAAGUUCCAUCCCUCAGUGCAAUCCUUCCCCGAUGUCAUCGGCCACUACAUCAGCGGGGAGCGCCCCAAAGGCAUUCAGGAAACAGAGCAGAUGCUGAAGGUGGGAGCUGCACUGACUGGUGUCGGAGAGCUGGUGCUGGACAACAACACCAUCAAGCUGCAGCCACCCAAGCAAGGUCUGCGUUACUACCUGACCAGCUCCGAUUUCGAUGCUUUGCUGAGGAAACAGGAAUCGAACGCCAAGCUUUGGAAGAUCCUGACCAUCCUUUUUGGUUUUGCUACGUGUGCUGUUCUCUUUUUCCUCUUAAGGAAACAGUAUCGUUACCACCGGGAGAGGCAGCACCUCAAACAGAUGCAACAGGAAUUCAGGCAAGCUCAGGAGCGGCUGAUGCGUGAAGUGAGCACUGAGGGUGGAGAGACACUGAAAAAUGCCUGUGUCAUCUGCCUGAGCAACGCCAAAUCCUGUGUCUUCCUGGAGUGUGGCCACGUCUGCUCCUGCACUGAGUGCUACCGAGCCCUCCCAGAGCCCAAAAGGUGCCCCAUCUGCAGACAGGCCAUCAGCAGGGUGGUUCCCUUGUACAAUAGUUAAAGCGUUGCAUCUCAAGGGGGUGUUUUAUGGAGAGCUCCCUCUCUCUGAGGGUCCGCCUGCGUCCUGCCCUUCUUGCUGCUGGGUGUUGGAUGGCUGGGGGUGGAAUCUUGGACUGGGGAAGGGGGAGGGAGCUGAGGAAUGAUUGGAAAUGAUUGCAGGUGCUCAGGGCUGGAGUGGUGCUCCUGGGGACAAAAUCAGCUUGUUUCUGUGAUACCCUGGUGAUUAAAUACCCCUUCUGUUAUGAGACAUGAGGAGACCUGCGGGGUGGGAGCUGGGGGUCAGGAGAGCUUCUGCUGUUGUGAUAAAUGAUGAACACAUGCGUUUCCAUCAUCCCCUCCUGCCAGCACUACCCCAGGGCUGAGCUUUGGCCACUUGUGAUUGUGUCACACCAGAAUGUGAUCAUGGCGCCGUGGCAGAGCUCCGCUUGAUUCCGCAGCAGGGUUUGGGUCGGGGUACGGCACAGGAUGUAAUAAAACCCUUUGAAAAA